CUUCCUCCUCUCUGUCAUUGCACUAAGAGUACUUGUCGCAAGAACUGAGGGACAACGAAAAUGUCGACUACUGGUAGUACUGAGAUCCCGAGUAGUGAUGUUGAGACACCCCAACUAGAACCGCCCCAACUGGCCCUGGUGGCUCCCAAAGAUGCCACGGAAGAGCAAGAUCGUGCCAUAGCACAUCAGUUGGCUCAGCAGAGGGUUGAAGACGCAAAACGGCGGUCAAGACAACAAUCUCAAACAGCAACAAUCGUUGCAAACAUUCAGGCUGUAACCGGGGCAAAGGCGGCCAUAAUUCGACAGUCGAGAUUGCCCCUAUCAGGAAACACGGCCAGGGCUUCUCGUGACGUGGAGCCACCUCGAGAGGAAGAUAGAGAAGCGGAGCAGCAGCAGCAUGAGCCACAUCCUGCACUUGCUUCUGAUACGAUUCACGCACAAGUCGAACCGGCUGCUUUAGUGCCGGUAGCUUCACUAGUCUCGUACGAACAACAAUAUCCAGAUCCGAGGGAAAGCAACGCCAGCACCAACUCCAUCGCAAAGUAUUGGCUCUGUUUUGGAGUUGUAUCUGUCUUUAUAGUUUCCAUUGCUGCCAUUGUCAUUGCUCUCAUUAUUUCAACGAACGGCAGCAGUGAUGGAAACAGCAACAAUGGCGUCAUCAGCGAUCCUAUGUCAGUGGGGACACAAGAGUCGUCAUUGCCUUCUGCCACCCCUUCGAUGUCGCCAGCCUUGGCGCCAUCAGCUGCUCCCUCGGCAAUGCCUUCAUUUUAUCCUUCCGCUAUCACUUCUUUGUCACCCAGCACAAGAUCACCACCCAAUACCCCUUCGCUUUCUCCCAGCACGAUGCCUUCAUCGUUGCCUACUACUGCCACCCUUUCAAUUUCGCCAACCUUGACGCCAUUAGCUGCUCCCUCGGCAAUGCCUUCAUUUUAUCCUUCCACAAUCCCUUCUUUGUCACCCAGCACAAGAUCACCAUCCAAUAGCCCUUCGCUUUCUCCCAGCACGAUGCCUUCAUCGUUGCCUACUACUGCCACCCUUUCAAUUUCGCCAACCUUGACGCCAUUAGCUGCUCCCUCGGCAAUGCCUUCAUUUUAUCCUUCCACAAUCCCUUCCUUGUCACCCAGCACAAGAUCACCAUCCAAUAGCCCUUCACUUUCCCCCAGCACGAUGCCUUCAUCGUUGCCUACUACUGUCGGUUGUGGUAUUAUUGAAGACUGCCCGGCUCGUGAUUAUGGCAAGGCACAGGAAUGCACAGCUCGUGCAUUGGAGAUGACCUAUUACUUCCAUGGUGGAGACUGCCAAAACACUUGCUCAAUCCAGACAAAUCAAGUGAACGUUGUAAAUGGUGAUAACUAUUUCACUUGUGACGAUUUCAAUGGAGGGCCUCCAACGCAGAGAAGAGAGUCGGCUUUUAUAGUUGUUACCGAUGUAGAUGACGACACCAUUUAUCACGGGGACUGGGUUGUGGUGGGAAACUUGUUCACACUGUCCGAUGGUGGAAACAGGUUUCCGGCCGACCAGUUGAUUAUGAUCUAUUCAAGCAACGAAACCAGCAAUAUGGGGAAUAUCCUGCAAUCGAUGCAAUAUCACUCUUCCUGUUCGCAGAAUUUGUUUCUCCAAGAUACGUUUGGUGCGGUUCAAUUGGUAGGGUUGAUUAAUGAAGACCAAGGCAAAAUCUCAUGCCUUGAUUGAAACCUUGCUUGGGGAGGUUGAUUUUUGUAACACCCUAUGGUUUUUCUUGACGACUUCUGCCCUCUUUUCCGUUUGCUGUUCAGCCCAAAGGUGGAUGCUCCAUCUACCGUAGAUAGCCUAAGAAUUUUGUUUACACAAGUUGUUGGCUCUUUUGGUUGGAGCUUGCAUAUUU